AAUGUUACUCAUAAUUUUAACUUUCUCAAUACAUAGUUUUGUUAACCCAAAAAAUGAAGCUUAAGACUUGUAUUCCCCCUUUGCUUUUACUUCUUCUCAUAUCCUAUUAUGUAAGUGCUGCUGAAACAUCCCAAGAUGACAAAAAGGCUAAUGAAAUGAAAGAAGCAAGCACAGAGAAGGAACCAAAGGAAACAAAAUACCAGCUGGGCGGAGGCACAGUUUGUCGAUAUGGUUGCUGUGGUGGUUGGAGAGGCAAUUUCUGUAGCCGCUGUUGUAGAUCAACUAAUGAAAUAGAAGAAACAAAGAGGGAAACGGAGCAGGUCCGACGCGGUUGUCGAUUUGGCUGCUGCGGUGGUUAUACCCGCUUUGGUUGCCGGGCAUGUUGCAGACCAAAAGAAAGUGCUGUAGUUGCUGAAAAACAUGAACAUGAUGGUGAUGGUUAUGGCUACGGCUAUGGUGGACAAGGUGGUUAUGGCUAUGGCUGGGGAGGCCGUGGCGGCGGCGGUGGCUGGGGAGGCCGUGGCGGCGGCGGUGGUGGCUGGGGAGGCUGCCGAUAUGGUUGUUGUGGUCAUAUUAGAUAUGGUGAAUGUAGGAGGUGUUGUUACUCAGCUGCAGAAGCAAAAGCCUAUGUUGAAAAUGAAGCUCAGCCUUAAAAGGUUUUCAAGACUGUUGGAAUGAAAGAAGAAGCAUCCACAUGUAGUUAAUGUAAACUAAAAUAAAUAUGAGAGUUUAUGUAUGAAUAAUAUGGAUGCUUAUUAUAUAUAUAUAUAUGGGUUUUUUCUUCCUUCCUGUAUUUUAUUUCACUACUUUUGCCUUUAGGGUUAGAUCUCUAAUGGCUUUGAGAACCCAAGUUUACAUGUGAUGUUGUAAAUUUGAUGUUUUCUACUGUACUGAAUAAUGUGAAUUUAUUUUGUUUACAUGUUA